AUGCCUGACUUGGCAUCAGCGAUUGCGACUCAACGACUUUCAAUCGACCUCUCACAUUCCUCCUCGUCCUUGAUGGUGCUGCCCUCUUCGCCGUCCACCUCGACCUCAACCUUAACCUCGACAACGCCAUCCAAAUUCAAAACCACUACAAAAACUCACUUCAAUCGAGCAGUAGGCGUUUGGUCUAGUGAAGAGCACGAUCGAUUUCUUGAAGCGCUAAAAAAAUACCCACAAGGUCCAUGGAAAGUGAUUACAAGAUUUGUUGGUACUCGAUCUGUCCGUCAGGUGCAAACGCAUGCACAGAAAUACCAGGAAAAGGUCUCACGUCGUCUGCACGGCUUGCAAACGGGUAAGGCCAUUCGCCAACGCCGUGAGCAUCGCAUCGACCACGAGAUUUUAGCACAACAUACGCUCAUCAGUUUCUCCCAUGAACUUCGAAACGAGUAUACACGUCCGAACCAACACGAGAUGAUAUUCGUUCCAGCAUCGACGCCACCUGUGGUCGUAAUGAAUGUAACUGCUGGAGUGAAAGCGCUUGAGCUCCAAUGUCCUACAAUGGAUCAUUUGGCUUUAGAUGGGACGAAUCUCUACCCGAUAAGGGAGAAUAACGGAACUUCACCGUCCUCAGUAUCGUCGUCUUUUGUUUUUGACGACGCAGUCUUUACUCGUACGGACACAGACGACCUCCCGACAUUGAGUGAGUCUCUCGACUUUUUCAUCGAAAAUUUUUUGUAA